UUCUAAAGCGUUACUUGGUACACGUGACAGACUGUCAUGGAAGCCCCCAUGCGCAUUUCUGAGCUUUGAAAGCCUCCACAUCAGUUUUUCCUUGUUGCUGCUAAGUCGUCUCAGGUAUGAGGUACUUGCUCAGUCUGGGGCGCUCGUUUGUCCGCCUUCAUGUCCGUCUGUGUCACCAGAGCGUCUACAGCAGCCAUGCUACUCCACGCAGAGUGGGAGUGGACCUUGGUAAAAAAAAGCUUGAGAUCUCUUCAGGGAGGUUUGCCAGGUUUGCAGAUGGAUCUGCUGUUGUACAGCUCGGUGAAACCUCUGUGAUGGUGACUGCUGUGAGCAAAACCAAACCAUCUCCUUCCAACUUCAUGCCUUUGGUGGUGGACUACAGACAGAAAGCAGCCGCUGCUGGACGGAUCCCCACCAACUACUUAAGGCGAGAGCUGGGCACCACCGACAAUGAGAUCCUCACCAGCAGGCUCAUAGACAGAUCUAUCAGACCACUCUUCCCUCCCGGCUACUUUUAUGACACUCAGAUCCUCUGUAACCUGCUGUCAGUUGACGGUGCUAAUGAUCCAGAUGUGCUAGCUAUUAAUGCAGCAUCUGCUGCUCUGGCCCUGUCUGACAUCCCCUGGUACGGACCCAUAGGUGCUGUGCGUGUGGGCUUGGUAGAUGGAGAGAUGCUAAUCAACCCCACCAGGGCACAAAUGACUUCCAGCACUCUUAACCUGAUUGUGGCUGGAGGCCCCAGCAGUCAAGUGGUGAUGAUCGAGGCUUCAGCUGAGAACAUACUGCAGCAGGACUUUUGCCAUGCAGUGAAGUUGGGAAUAAAACACACUCAGCAGAUCAUACAGGCCAUCCAGCAGCUGACACGGGAGCAAAAAGUCAUCAAGCGCACACCGGUGAAGAUUUUCUCAGCCCCAAGUGACAUGGUGGAACAUGUUCGACAAUCAGCAUCUGAGAAGAUUUAUGGUGUUUUCACAGAUUACACUCAUGAUAAGAUUUCCAGAGAUGAAGCUAUUAAUGGAAUUCGACUAGAAACUGAGGAGGGACUGAAAGAAAAAUUCCCACAGGCUGACCCAUUUGAAGUAAUUGAAUCCUUCAACACUGUGAGCAAAGAAAUCUUCCGCAAUUUAGUGCUUAACGAGUACAGGAGGUGUGAUGGGAGAGAGUUGACUGCUUUAAGGAACAUUGCUUGUGAUGUUGACCUCUUUAAACCUCUGCAUGGCUCAGCUCUCUUUCAGAGAGGACAGACGCAGGUGCUGUGCAGUGUCACAUUUGAUUCCCUGGAAUCCAGUAUCAAAGCGGAUAUUAUCACCACUGCUUUAAGUGGUAUUAAGGACAAAAACUUCAUGCUGCAUUAUGAAUUCCCACCAUAUGCAACCAAUGAGAUUGGAAAGAUGGGAGGCCUCAACAGGAGAGAACUUGGUCACGGGGCCCUGGCUGAGAAGGCUCUGAGACCCGUCAUACCUAAAGACUUCCCUUUCACUAUCAGGGUCACUUCAGAGGUGUUGGAGUCAAACGGAUCUUCCUCAAUGGCUUCGGCAUGUGGAGGGAGCCUUGCCCUGAUGGAUGCAGGUGUCCCCAUCUCUUCUGCUGUGGCUGGUGUAGCAAUUGGCCUCAUCUCCAAAGCCGACCCAGAGAAACCUGCUGAGAUCCUUGACUACCGAUUACUAACAGAUAUACUGGGAAUCGAGGAUUACCUUGGGGACAUGGAUUUCAAAUUGGCAGGAACAAGCAAAGGCAUCACUGCUCUACAGGCUGAUGUGAAGAUACCAGGUUUGCCUCUGAAGGUGGUAAUGGAGGCUAUCAAACAGGCCACAGUGGCAAAGAGAGAAAUCUUGGGCAUCAUGAACAAAUGUAUGGCCAAACCCAGAGAAGCUCGAAAAGAGAACGGGCCUGUUGUUGAAACUGUCCGGGUGCCUGUUUCCAGAAGAGCCCGCUUUUUUGGUCCUGGGGGAUAUAAUCUUCGCAGGCUACAAGCUCAGACGGGAGUAACAAUAAGUCAGGUGGACGAGGAAACCUUCUCUAUAUUCGCUCCCACACCAGGAGCAAUGAACGAAGCGCAAGACUUCAUCACUGAGAUCUGCAAAGAUGAUCAAGAACAACAGCUGGAGUUUGGUGCCAUCUAUACAGCCACAAUAACUGAAAUAAGGGACAUUGGUGUAAUGGUGAAACUUUACCCAAACAUGAGUGCUGUCCUGCUACACAACUCACAACUGGACCACAAACGGAUUACACAUCCAAGUGCUUUGGGGUUAGAAGUGGGACAGCAGAUACAGGUUAAGUACUUUGGACGGGACCCGACAGAUGGCAGAAUGAGGCUUUCACGAAAAGUGCUGCAGUCUCCUGCAGCAACUCUUGUCAAGACGCUGAGUGAGAAACAGAGCAUGUCCAUGGGUUCAGUCAACAGCCACGGCACCAGCACUGAAUUGUGACGCACUAACACAACAGGAUGGCAUCUGGCUUUGCCCAAAACUGAUUUUAAACAAAGUAGAUGUUGUUGCAAAAUGGUUUCCUGUUCAGAAAAUAAUCAAACCAAGAUCAUCAGUUCUUGUCACAAACUGAAUUAGUGUCAUACACAGUUUUCCCUGAUGGCGAAGUAAUGGAUAUAACUGAACUUCAAUGGACCAAACUUCAGUUCAUCAGUACUUUAUCCUACUGACACUGUGCUGCAAGGGAUUUGUACAGACUGAGAAACACCAAACGGAUUUUCACAAAUGAUAAAACUGUCUUACUUUUAA